UCAAUUCACAAUAAGCUAGAAGUUUCGCAAAAGGGGAUACAACAUGCAGCAGUCCCCCGACAUGAUAUAUUUAAAUGUUACUGAGUUGAAGAAACUCCUUGUUGUGUUCUUCCUGUGCCAAGCAAUCAAACAGCUCUCAUCUCCUCCUCCAGAAAAGAAGAUGUCAAAUAUCAUAGGUGAAGAUGGGAGCUUCUCUUCAGGUAAUGCUGGUGAAGCUGAAGUUCAACCACCGGAGCUUCUGAAUCACUUCUUUGGUGCUAAUAAUCCAGUAGUAUCAUCAGCUUCAGCUAAUAACGAUCGUCUCUCCGCAAGUACACAAGUUGAGAGGCAACAACAGCAAGCUCCACAAGAAUUGAAUGCAGACCCAAGCGCGGAAGUCAUUGCUCUAUCCCCAGAAACGCUCAUGGCGACGAAGCCUUUCACGUGCGAAAUAUGCAAGAUGGGCUUCAAGAAGGACCAGAACCUGCAGCUCCACCGGCGAGGCCACAACCUCUCGUGGAAGCUCGAGCCAGCCUAUGUGCACAACCCUAAACUUUAAAAACUUUGCAAUCUAGUCCUACAUAUUUACCUCGGAAUUUUUAUUUACGUGAGACUUUUUAUUCAUGACAUAUUAUGUUUAA